AUGCAGGUGCCUCAAUGCCAUUUCGACGUCGCUUCCUAUCCAACCGUGCUGAAAUAUAUGCAACCACAAACCACAUCAAGAAAGAGAUGCCAUGACGGUCGAGAUUAUGCAAGCAAUAUAAGAAUGGCACUGAUCCCACCAGCAAAUCGACAUUAUUCUCCCGAAUUCGACAAGUACAUACUUGGGUCAUACUCUCUGUAUGACCCAGAGUACAAGCUGUUUAUUCGGGAAAUGCUGGCAUCAGAAGAUAGAGAUUUGUUAAUUAAACGCUUUAAUGAAGUCAGGAGAGAGCAGGAAGACAUAUUUGUAAGGAAUGUCAACAGAUGUUCAACUAGUGCCGACCAGAAUUUAUCCAAAGAAAGCGCGCAUGGCAUUUUGGCACCCAACACCUAUGAAACAUUUCGAGAAAAAGAGCCGGUCAAAUCGCGUGAUAUGACUCCGGAGGAACGUGAGCAAAUGAUGAAAACAAAGCUCUGGUCAAUGCUGGAAGUUUGA